AUGUCGACGAAUCCACCGUGUAUUAAAUGUGAAACAACAGAUAAUUUCAAUGGACUAUUGACUUGCAAUGGAUGCCGACAAAGUUACUGUUCGAAUCACAUCGAUGAUCAUUUCCUUGAACGUCAUAAUCGUUUUGAACAAUUUGUUAAUGAGUAUAAUUUGCUCUAUGAUACUUUUCGCAAUGUUGAAAAAAGGUUGAAUGGUGAUCAGCGAGAAAAAGUCCAGAAAGAACUUAGUGAGAUCAAAUUUAAAUUUCUUGAAAAUCAAAAGUCGCCGAAUUAUUGUGAAAAAGAUUUCACUAGUUGGCUCGAUCGCUUCGAAAGAAUCAGAAAUCAACUAACAAUCUCAUCAGAGUCCAAUCCAGCUACACGAAUUCAUUCCAAAGGCUAUAUACUUUACUUUUCAUGUAUUUUUGGUCUCCUCUUAGCGUAUUAUGUUAAUGAGUGUCUCUUAAUUCCCGAUAAGAAACUCAUUGUUAUUACUGGACCAAUUCGCUUAUCUGAGAAUGAUCGUGUGGCUGAACAUAGCGGUGAUGAUCAUGUACCCGGGACAUUUCGUGUCCGGCAAAACUUUUCGGAUCGUGACUAUUCUGUUCGAUUUCGAAUCGAAAAAAUCUCUUCGUCCAAUGCUUUCAUUGGGAUAGCUGAAUCGAAAGAUCAUCGAACAUCAACCAUGAAAUAUGGAUGGUUGAUUGGUAAUGAUCGAAGUGUGUCUAUAAAACCAGAAGAGAACAUAUUCAUACGGAUACUUCGAAUACUGUGGCAACCUCUGACUAGUUAUCAAGUGAUACACUCCGUCCAACCAGGUGAUACUGUCGAAAUCGUUGUUGAUUGUGCACACUCCAAAAUAAUCUUUGAAAAUUUGCAAACAAACCUAAAAGGCGAAUUGGAGAUCGAUCAGCAACAAAUUCCUUUGCCGUGGCAAGUUGAAAUAACUCUCAAUCAACGUGGAGAUCGAAUCCGUCUUUUAUAA